AAUGUUAACUCAUAUUUUGCGCCUGUUAACUAAUUUGCACUUCUGUUGAAUGCUUUUAAAAAAAUAACUUUAAAUUUUUGAGUUUGUUUCUGUUUAAAAGCAAACAAUGGAGCAGCAGAACCUUUUAAUCUUUGGCAUUGACGAAGACAAGGAAUCAUCGGUGGAAUUGCUACAAAUUGUUGAAUCUGCACUUGAAGGCGAAAGUGGCAACAGGACGAAUGCCACCUUGAAAUCUACUCUUGAACAUUCUGCAUCAGAUGAAGAUAGUGAAGAUGAUUCAAGCAUUUCGUUUUGCAACAGUCCUCCCACGAAACCCAUUAAAAUGAUCGUGAAGGCUGUGGUCCACCAUCCUCUCGAUUGGAGUCCUUCACCUAAUAACCGUGAUGAGUUGCUAACUGAUAAGGAAUCUAAGCCAAAGCAUUACCGUGAUAAACUGGAACAGGAUGACUCCGGAUUUGUGGAAGAGGAAAAUAGUUUAUCAUAAUAUUUGAUGCUGUAACACGGCUUCAAGAAUCAUAAGCCAGAAGAAUGUGGUGCAAAAGAUCAAAUUAAUUUUUAUAUAUUGUAUCCCUACACAAAUAAUUAUUUAA